GAGCUACGGGAAGCCAAACGAGGAAAAGCGGACACUACAACCCAGCGUGGGUCGUCAUCGUCUGUUUAUAUGAGGAAGAGCUUGCAGAUGGGGCCGGGGAUUACUCCCACUUUACCUGGCAGAGAUAGUGAUGAAGCACCUGUUCAAAAGCAAGUUAGAAUCCUGCCAAAGCCACUACAGCCAGCUCCAGUUGUUGAGCCAAGCCAGGAAGUACCAAUACUUGCAAAGACCGGCCUUCGUAACUGUGAGGUUCGUUUUGAAAUUUACAAGUCGCUUAUCAUUGAACGUUUUCCAAUUUCAUUUUGUCAUGAAUAAGUAAGUUUGAUUGUAUUACUUUUUACUAUAAUUUGUGGAAUAAAGUUGACAGUAAAUUGUUAACUCUCGUUGUGUUUGUUUUGUUAUAAUCUAACAGUCUGACCUUGACACGCCAUGAACGUAGUAAAUGGCAAUACUACAAUGAACGCCUGAGUCGGGUUUGGAUGUUAAAUGCCAUUUAGAAAACGACUGAAUGUUGUCAGCGAGGCAUCUGACAUAAGGGUAAAUGCAAAUACAAGGGGCUUUGCUCCUAUUGUUGUCUACACCAAUAUUUAAUUCAAAACAUUUUUACUGUUUUGCAUGUUGUGUUAUAUAUGACCCCACAAGCUUACCUGUUAAUUUGAGUAAAUAAAAAUUGUCUAAAUGAAAUACUAAUGAAUAAUAUCUUAUGUUGUUGUUUUACUAAUUUUAAAUGGCAAGUACAGCUGAAGUUGUGAUAUAAAGAAUGCAUACCUUUGUCAGUAUGCUGAGAUUUUUGGUGUUUGGUUCUUUAAGACCUGUUAUGGUGAGGGUACAGUUGAACAGUAAGGCAGGUAAGUAAAGUUGAAUAUUUUAUUAGGAAAGAUUUAUGAUUCUUUUGGAUCGGUAAAUACUUUGAGUUAAUUCAAUAUUGUUUAUAAUUGACUGAAAUAAUCUGCUUUUAUUUGUCCUAUCAAACUGGAUUACUUAGAGACAAAGAUAAGGAACACUGCAAGGUUGAGAUAAACCUGAACACAGUGGGUUAUGUAUUGUAGAGUAAAAACCCACGAGUAAGAACCUGAAAAUUAAGAACCUGUUAGCCUAAAAUUUGCCAUUUAUACCCCCUACAAACAAGAACCUGUUUAGCCUACAAAAUGAAAAACAGGUUCUUCUUUUUAAAAAUCAUAUUAGUGAAAUGCAGCUGUAAAGCUGUACAAGAAUCCUGUUAGGAGAAUUAGGAGCUUGGCAUUGCUGUGCAAAACAAAAGUGCAAAUUUAUUGAUGUAAUAAAAAAUAAAGUCCAAGAGCUUAAUAUUGUUGUAUCGCAUUUUGAAAUUGAAAAAGAGGCUGAUUAAUUACCAUCUUGUUUUGUAGCUUGUUUUUUUUUUGUUUACAGAAAUAAGAACCUAUUUAAGAACCUAAAUAGCCUAAAAUUGUGUUAACUACCAUUUAAAUAAGAACCUGUUUAAACUAACUCCAGAAAAUUUAGGUUCUUACUCGCAGGUUUUUACUGUAUAUUAGUUAUUGAUCAUUUCAACAGGUUAGUUUUCUCAAUUGCUUAUUUUAAAAUAUUAUGUCAUCUUCUUAUGAUGUAUUCAAAUUCCACUGAGCAAUCUUUCAUGUUUAUCACUAGCUCUCAUCUAGGAUAAGGACUAUGGGUCCAGAGGAGAGUGAAGAAAUUAUAGCUGCAGCUAACACCUCAAAUUCAUAUAUUCUUGCUGAAGCUGUUAUGAAAAUUCCCUCUUUGAGAAAUGCUGUUAAAGGUUUAUAUCUAAAGUUAGUUGAUGAGCAGUGUUCCAGACUUUGUUUAAGAACAACUGCAGAACCAUCAGUCCUCCGUGUACCCAGUGCGCAGCAUAAGAACCUUGUAGAAUUCAAAUGGGAGGCUAUUUUGAAGGAGAUGGAAGAACGAGCCCCAGAUGUUUUGGACUUCUUGGUUGCCAUGGCCAUUCCGAAGCUAAAGGGCAAUGAUGGGCGUCAAGUCAUACCCCUCUGCACAGCAUAUGGCAUACUGAUGAAUGUUAGGUGCCGGGAGCUAUCACUAGUACAAAAAAUCAAUGCCGUUGUUCUAGCUGUUGGAAAUGCUACAAAAAGAGUAAAUAUUUACUAGUUAACUUCACUUUUUACAGUUGUGUGGUGCUAUAAAUAAAAAUAUUAUAAAUAAUCUGAUACAACAUAAUUUGUUGUAUAUUCUUUAUACUGGCACUAAAACUUUUAUGAUUCUCUAUUUAAGGUGAAAAUUUUUUAAGAAACUGCACAUGAUUUAAAAAAUAAUUGAUAAGUCGUUAUAAAAUGCUAAAGUGAAGAAUGUGAUAUGCUGUUUCUCUUGGUGAAAUUUCUCUUAAUAUAUUUUAGUAUAUUUAGCGGCAUAAUUUUGCAACCUAACAAUUAACUCAAAAUUUCUCUUCUCUUUCACUUACAUGAAGACCUUCGAGAGAAUGAACAAGUCAUGUAUUGCACAAUCCAGGGAAAGUCUCAGAAAUAUCAUGGAUAGCCUUGGUUCUAACCUAGCCUCAGUUGUUAAAGCAAAUGUCGAAUCAGGUCAGGACUUGAGGGUUGUAUUUGACAACUUGGAUUUUAGAAUCCUUGCAAAUAUUAUCCUUAGAAAUCACCGAAACUCUGACAUGCACUGGAUUGCCCAUUAUGUUACAUUUGAGAGAGUAUCAUCAAGACACCUAGAUGAUUCAAAGCCGAUUGUUUCAGACAUUAAAGACUUUGACAACAUCAAUUACCUCAUGAGCAAAGAUGAACUGGAGUGGCAGAGAAAUGAUUAUAUUAUCCUUGUUGCCAGAGUUCUCCUUGAGUUCUUUCCAUCACUAGGGCCUCUCCGUGAUGUUGUUCCUUCUCAUAUUUUACACAGGUAAUAUAAUAUUUUUAAACAUUAUUAUAUACUCUGUAUUCAUUUUUGGUUCCAGAAAUGAUUCAUAAACUACCCUUUUUCACAGAGGGUUAAUAUUAUUCAUAAUCAGAGGGAGACCAAAAUUUUGUAAAGGCAUUGAAGUUAAAAGCCUAGACUUUAACUUCUAGAUGGGCACAGGGGAAGGGUAUCUCAUCAAAAAUAAUGCUUUCUAUGGGAUUUAUUAAUAGAUAUUAAUUUUUCUGAAUAAAAAAAGAAGCCAUUGUAUACAGCAAUAACUAGUCGCGCAUAACAUAUAUAUGGACCAGGCGGCUGACACUAUGAUUUGAGUUGCCAUGUGUAAUCGGCUGUGAAUUGAAUUCCCAGCUAUGGAAUUAAGUUCUUUUUCAACUGGUUAUACUUUUUUUAUUCUCAUGAUAGUCAGGGACAAUCCCCGCCCUCCCUUUCUUGGUAACAGCCUUGUGUGGAUUUAUGUUUCUUUACAGUAUUUUGUAUGUUAUCACUACCUUUCCCUGAGCCAUAGUCUGCUUUAAAAUAGCUAGUGUGUGUUUUAUACACAGCUGCUAGGCUCACUGUAGUCCAUAUUUUAUUCUCAGUUGCUAUAAUGAAGUCUAGUCCAUGUAAACUGUGAUUCUUUGUUUUAAGAUACUCAAGUCAGAUGGCUGGAAAGUCUUGUGUUGUGGGGCUGCCAGUAGUUCCCUUUAAUCAAAGUAAAGUUGGGGAUGUUUGUCAAUACCUGCAGUGGCUAGAGGAUUUUUUCUCUAAAGUUUUCACAACUCAGGUAAUAAUGACAAUAUUAUUGCUGAGCUUGACUAGCUAAUUUCCACUGCCUGAAGCAACUGCCGUACAUUAUCAAAACAUAAUAGAGUGUGUAUAACUCAAUGGGACGCAGAUUACAGUUGAACUUCAACACUGUGGGUCUUCCACUGUGGGUUCAAAAUAACUCAAGCAACAUUUUUCCUGAAGUGUGUUGUUAAUGUAACAUAUAUUAGGCAAAUUGGUUUAAUGUUCACUUUAAGUUAGGCUGAGCACUCUUAAAAAGGACAAUGAUAUUAUUUGUUGGGGAGGAAAGGAGAUGGUGUAUAGAGGAGGGGGUAAGUUGUUGUGUUCAGUAUUAAGUUUGUUGGGUUUUUGUUCCAUGGUGUCAACAAUUUUUUUCAUGACCUGCAAGCCUUGUUAUUCAUUUCUGUAGGUUUUUUAUUUCCAGUUUGUUUCAAAGGAUUAAAAUUUACCCUAAAAACAUUCAAUAAAUGUGACAUGCCAAAUAAUGUCAUGCAUAAACAGGAUGAAUCUCCUGCAGCUGAUAGCAGUGCUAGUCAAAACCAGCAUGCUGCUAGCUCUGAGAUGGUUUUGGAAAAAAUCAGAGUACCAUUGGCAGGUGAUCUUCUUGGCCGAGAAAGGGUGACCAGUGCAAAGAAGACUCGUUUGGGGUGUGAUAGUUCUGUUGAACGCUUUGACAACAUCGUGGAGUGUCCAGCCCUUUGGCAUGCAAAGCAAUCAUUUCUCUCUGUAAGUCUGCUCUAUAAGACUUUAAUAUCACCCUCUAUUUCCUUAAAACCCUUAAGUCCCAAGAGUGACCAACAUCAAUUUUCUCCUAACAAUAUCAAUACAGAAUUAAAGAAAAGUUUAUGAGAAUAAAUAAAAUGAUCACCUAAUAUAUAAGGGAACUGUUUUGAUCUUUGAACAAAUUCUCUCAGCUAUAUAGCUACUGGUGUAUUAAUUUUGUAAGGAAAUUUAUGGAGAUUACUUUGGAGAAUUUGUAUGUGGAUUUUGGGGCUCAAAGUGUUACAGAAUUAGUCAAGAGAAUUUGAUACAAGAACGAACCAUUUUCUUAUAGACUGUAAUUUUAUAACAAUUUUUUCUUUUGUUGAUGUUGAGGGCAAAAAAUGAUUCUAAAGACCUAAUGGCCAGAUUAAUGGGUAUAAAGUUUACUCAAGUUACCAAAUACUUGAACGAUAUCCAGUUCCUAAAAUUACAGAUUUUAAUCAUUUAUGUAAACUCCACAUAGCAGCAAAGAUUUGCCAAAAAAACUUCUAAGGCUUUGUGUUUUGAGGUGGCCAUUACAUGUAGAACUGUGCCUUGAACCUAUGAAAAAGGUGUCUGAAGUGAUGUGUAUAUUUCCUAACUAAAAUGAGAUAGACCAAGCACAGUACUUAAGCAGAAUCCUGAUCUGAUGACAUUGAAUGAUGAUUGUGAACUUCCUCAUCGCAUUUUGUUGCUGAGUUUCAAGUUGAGGUUUAGUGUUUUAAAGUGUUUGACCCUAUUUUUAAAUUGACUUUAGUAUGUUUGGGAGCAAUUGUACAACAACACAUCCAUUGGUGGAAGAGACAUUGGUACACUUUAUCACCUGAGGCAACAUUUUAGAUUGGUCAAUGUCUCUAACAAAGUACAAAAAAACUACAAGAGUGCUGAAAGCCUCAUGUUGUCUACAACCAAGGCGUAUUUGUGUUCUGCUUUUAUGAAAUGGGCUGGUCUUCAGACGCUUGAUGAUAAACCAGUCAACUUGCCAAAACUUCCAUCUGAGACUGACUCUGCUGAAGUGAAGAAAGAUUUUCUUCACAAGCAUAUAGGAAAGUUUGUCGAUGAAUUUGUGCUUGUUGAAUUUGAUGUUGAGAGAGCUUGGAAGGAAGCUAGCCAAGAGUGCCAAGAGCAACAAAGAACACCCCUGUCUGCAGCAGUACUCACAAGCCAGAGUCUAGGUUCAUGUAAGGCAAAAAGUUAAUUUAACUUUGGUUUGUAACCCUUAGAGUUCACUCCUAUAGGUAACAUGAUAUUAGAAUGCAUGGCAGUCUGUACUAUACAAAGGGCUGGGGAUGGGGGUUCCUUUGACUAAAAGCAUAUGAACCCCCUGAGCUACUUGUUGAAAAGAAAACAAACUAAGAAAAAAACCUGAUAAUUAAUUGCAGACACUCAGCAACUUCAAGAUCUUUUUCUCAGACCUGAAAAUUUAUUAUCAAGUAAAAUGAUUCAUUUUUUUUUUUAUUAAAAUUGGAAGUUAUAAUAAUAGUCAUUGUUUCAAGAGGUGCAGUCCAACAGCCAUUACUGCAACCCCGUGCAGCUGUUAAUACAAUAACACAACAAACCACCUUGUAUUGUACACUUAAUGUAUAUCAACCUAGUUAGUAACGUACGGACAUAAUUAACCCUGGACAGAUUGCUUAUCUUCCAGCAGGUGGAAGAGGAGCAGUCCAACAGCCAUUACUGCAACCCCGUGAUGCUGUUAACACAGUGUCACAACAAACCGGUAAGUGUUACAGCCUAGGCCUCAAUUUAUAUCAACCUAGUAGUAACUUAUACAUACUUAAUUAACCCUGGAUAAAUGCUAAUCUUCCAGCACGUGGAAGAGGUACAGUCCAACAGCCAUUACUGCAUUCCCAUAAUUCUGUUAAUACAGUGUCACAACAAACCAGUAAGUGCAUGUACACAGCACUUGGUAUUAUUAGUUAAUAGCCAUAAUCUUAGACCUAGUAACUUACAGACUUAAUUGACCUGGAUAAUUUGCUUAUCUUCCAGCAGGUGGAAGAGGAGCAGUCCAACAGCCAUUACUGCAAUCCCAUGCUGCUGUUAAUACAGUACUAGUGUCACAACAAACCGGUAUUGUGUUACAGCACUCAGUAUUAGUUAAUAGAUAUAGUCUUAGACCUAGUAACUUACAGACUGUAUUAACCCUGGAUAAAUUGCUUAUUUUCCAGCACGUGGAAGAGGUACAGUCCAACAGCCAUUACUGCAACCCUGUGCUACUGUUAAUACAGUAUCACAACAAACCAGUAAGUGCAUGUACACAGCACUUGGUAUUAGUUAAUAGCCAUAAAUUAUCUUAGACCUGGUAACUUACAAACUUAAUUGCAUGACCUGGAUAAUAUUAUUUGCUUAUCUUCCAGCAGGUGGAAGAGGAGCAGUCCAACAGCCAUUACUGCAACCCCAUGCUGCUGUUAAUACAGUGUCACAACAAACCGGUAUUGUGUUACAGCACUCAGUAUUAGUUAAUAGAUAUAAUCUUAGACCAAGUAACUUACAGACUUAAUUAACCCUGGAUAAAUUGCUUAUUUUCCAGCACGUGGAAGAGGUACAGUCCAACAGCCAUUACUGCAACCCCGUAAUUCUGUUAAUACAGUGUCACAACAAACCAGUAAGUGCGUGUACACAGCACUUGGUAUUAGUUAAUAGCCACAAUCUUAGACCUAAUAACGGACAGACUUAAUUAACCCUGAAUAAAUUGCUUAUCUUGCAGCAGGUGGAAGAGGAGCAGUCCAACAGCCAUUACUGCAACCCCGUGCUGCUGUUAACACAAUGUCACAACAAACCGGUAAAUAAGUAGUUACAGCACUCCGUAUUAGUUAAUAGAUAUCAUCUUAGACCUAGUAACUUACAGACUUAAUGAACCCUGGAUAAAUUGCUUAUUUUCCAGCAGGUGGAAGAGUUGCAGUCCAACAGCCAUUACUGCAACCCCAUGCUACUGUUAACACAGUGUCACAACAAAGGGGUAUUAGUGUAUACAGCCUGGUGUUGUACCCUCAAUGUAUAUCAACCUAUAGCUAGUAGUAACUUAUACAGAUUUAAUUAUCCCUGGAUAAAUUGGUUAUUUUCCAGCAGGUGGAAGAGUUGCAGUCCACCAGCCAUUACUGCAACCCUGUGCUACUGUUAACACAAUGUCACAACAAACGGGUAAGUGUGUACAGCCUGGUAUUGUACACUCAACGUAUAUCAACCUAAUAGUAACUUACAGACUUAAUUAACCCUGGAUAAAUUGCUAAUCUUCCAGCAGGUGGAAGAGGUGCAGUCCAUGGCCAACAGCCAUGCAUUAUUGCAACCAAUACAUCACAAGAAACUGGUGCAAGUGUAAUUUAAAAAGUACUCGGUAUUAGUUAAUAGAAUUAAUCUUAGACCUUGUAACUUACAUACUUAAGAGGCCCUGCGCCUAAGAAACGACCGAUGAUUUCCGGCUAAAAAAUAAAAUCGGCCGAUUUUUAUCUCCCAAGCAGAGGUUACCGAAUACUAUUCAAAAAUGAAUUUCUUUCGUUUCAGUUUUGCUUUAAACCAAAAAUAUCGAGCCGCAAACUUUUUCCGUCUGAUAGCAGCAAAAUCAGGCCUAAAAUAAGCCCUCGCAAAAAACGGUUCAGAAAUCACUAUCGCGACGCAAAACAACGAGAAAACCACACAGUGAUGAAGAAAAAGGCCUCUUAAUGCAAUAUCAUUCGAUAAACAUCGAAAAACUGCCGAAGGAAAUAAAAAAUAAAUUUUCAAAUAUUGCAUAUUAAAUUAGAUGGAGCGUUGGCGUUGAUUUUAAAAUAAUAAUUUCUCAAAAGUCCAACGCUGCUGAAAGCAAUCACAGUGAUGAAUCAGACAUUGGAGGGAUAUACAUCACGUUUUCGGAAAAACAUUUUUCGGCCAAAGUAUACUGACGUUGUAAAAACCGUUCAAAGUUACCGUAUUUACCGUUAAGUUGCAACUUCGGCGAAACACUUCUCUGUUGCCAAGAUGGCCAAGGAUAGCGUGGUAAACGCCACUUUAAGCCUUGCUAGGUGCUCAAAACCAUCCUAAAUAGAAGUAUAUAGAAUUAAAAGAGAAAGGAAAAUGAAACAUUCGCAGAAAAAGAGAAUAACUCGAAAUUACCAUCUGCUAAGGAGAGUUGAAUCUUGGAAAUGUUGUCGCGUGAUAGCGUUCAUUUGUCCGAACUGCAGCGGGAUCCAAACAAAUACGUGAAAUGUAAGUUAAAAAAAAAACAGUCUUUCUAUCACCAGAAAUCGUGAAGUGAAACAGUUUUAUGUUUUUCCUGUUAAUGAUGAUGAAUUCAGCCUCAGCUAGUCUCCAAGUACUUUGAAUGUGGGCUGCUUGUAUUUCGUUACAUACAUUCCAACGGACGUUACGGGUCAGCGCAUGUAGGGGUCAGCGGACCUGAAGAAAGGUGACGAAGUUGGACAGCAACGCCAUGCUAGGGGGGACAUUGGUAGGUACCCAAUACCGUAAAUAAAUGCGGUAUUGGUAUUUCGUCGAUUUUUGACACGGUAUUUCGGUAUUCACCAAUUUUUCUCACGGUAUUGCGGUAUUUAAUCAAUUUAAUUUAAUUUUACGAGGAAACGUGAGACGACCUCGAAUUGAUCGGUACAACGAACGAAAAAGAUACCCUACCAAUUUCAUCACAGAUUAUCUGUCAGAAAUUGUGUAAUGGUAUAUCAUUUACCAUUAAUCUUAAGUCUUAAAAAUAGUGACGUGCAUUAAACUAGCCUGCGUAGCAGGCGCUUGGAAGCAGUGGGCGCUAGAGAGAACGGGCGCGCGCGAGGGAGAGACACGCGAGGGGUCAUCCAAACGGCUGCUACGCAGGCUAGCAUUAAACAGGAGAGCGCAAUGAACAGUACCGCAAUACCGUGAUCUUCUUUAACCGAAUACCGUUAACCAAAAGGAAGAAAUACCGCAUACCACAGGGCUAAAUGAUACCGCAAUACCCCACUUUAAAAUCCAAAUUACCGAAAUACCGCUUGAAAAAAAGCUCAAUACCGUAAGCCCCCAUUUCCCCCUCCAUGCUGUUGAAGAGGUGAUAGAAUAUUUGGGCUUAAAACAUCCAAUUAUAUUUGAUGUUUACAAUCUUUGUCAUAAUUAUCACAGCAACAAACUUUCAUCUUUCAAUGUUAGUGUUGCAAGACAUGUGCGGGUAUUUCGAAAUACCUUACAAAUCUACAGAUCUAAAAAGAGACCUUUUAGCCAAGGUUUUAGUGUAAAGGAAUGUGACUGAGUGCAGCAAAAAAUAAUUUCAUUCUGUAACUUUCCUGCGCAAGAGUUUGAGUGCAUGGUAUGCUGUCCAAUCGGUAAUGUGACAAGUUGUGCGUUGUGCAUUGGUUGUCAUCUAAAUAUCAUAAAUAUUAUUGUGGAAACAAAUUAUGAAGCAUAUUAUAAAAUGAAGUUGCAAAAUGAGUGAGGCACUUUCAUCGAUUGAAAAGUCCUACCGGUCUCCUAUAUUUUUUAUGAUGUCCUCCCCAAUAUCUGGGUGACCCUAUUCGGCGGAAUGGCGGAAUACAUACAAUCAGUUGUAAAAUACGGAAUAUACGUAAUACUCUAAAACACGGAAUUUACAGAAUAUUCUGUAUUUGAUUUGAACUGGACUGACGAAAAAGCAGAGGCAAUAUUAAAAAUUCAAUUUUCGUACUGCCGUAAG